GAACCAGUUAUAGAUAUCAAAUUCAUUAGCAAUAUCAGCAAAAAUGGAAGCUAAAAUGGGUACCAAAAUUGCUUCUUUUGUGCUCAGAGUUCUCACCUUCGUCUUCCUCUUAAUUUCCAUCAUCGUUCUUGGAACCACUUCCAAGACCGUAGGAGAUGAGAAGCUUCAAUUCCAUAAUGUCAAUUCCUAUAGGUUUGCAAUGGCGACCAUCAUCAUUGGAGGAGCUUUCAACCUCUUGCAAAUAGCCUUAGCCCUUUAUCGUCUCAUAACCAAAACCGACGGCGGUGUUUUAUUCGACUUCUUCGGUGAUAAGGUUUUGUCGUACUUUCUGCUGGCGGGAGCGGCGGCGGCGCUGGGUUCUACCAUAGACUUGAAGGCCAAUAUUGAUUGGUUGAACUCGUUUUUCGACCAAGGCAACGCCGCUGCGGCUCUUCUUCUUCUUGCCUUUUUAUGCAGUGCUGUGGUUUCUGUUCUUUCCUCUUUUGCCCUUUCUCACAAACCUACUUAGUUUUGUUUUUAAUUUAUUGCAAUAUUCAUACUACAAUCUUUGUCGGACAUCCUUUUAUCAAAUUCUUUCUUGUUUUAUGUUCA